AGGAGGGGAACGAACCACUGACCCAGGGGGCCUGCGGGCUGUACCACCGAUUCUGUACCAGGGGGACUCGGGGCUCGACGGCCUGAACCACUGAGUCUGGACGGGUCGCAUAGAGCGAACCACUGCUCGGGAACUGUGGGGGCGAGAGAAAGGGUCAAAAUUACCGGUCAUUGACCACCAUCCCGGGGAAGGGUCUGAGCCUGGGGAGGCAAGCCUUCACCGUCCACUUUUCCCGGAGCUUCUCUCCGAAUACACGUCAAACCCUGCCCUGUAGGAGACUCAGUCUUUGCAUCUGCAAAAUGGGUGCAAGGCUGCAGCUGGGUGGGCAGUGGUCGCCAGGGCCAGGGAGAUGGCUCGCUUGUUCCAGCCUAGAUCGCUUCCUCUCCCAGAGUGAAGGCGCUAGACCCCGCGCCCUCCUGUCGGGCGGCCCCCUGAGCCGAUGGAGGAGAGUGAGGUGGAGAGCAGUAGCGACGCGGCCCCUCGGCCCGGCCAGCCAGAGGAGCCCUCUGAGAGUGGCCUGGGUGUGGGGACUUCGGAAGCCGUGUCUGCGGACAGUAGCGACGCGGCAGCAGCCCCAGGACAGGCAGAAGCUGACGACUCCGGCGUGGGGCAAAGCUCAGACCGUGGCAGUGGCUCUCAGGUGGAGGUGUCUGAGAGCAGCUCAAGUACAGACUCCCUGCCUCAUGGCUACCUCCCUGAUUCAUCGUCUGUGUCCCAUGGGCCAGUGGUGGGGGUGACAGGUGGCCCCCAAGCGCUAGUACACUCCAGUGCACUCCCAGACCCCAACAUGCUGGUGUCUGACUGCACAGCUUCCUCCUCGGACUUGGGUUCAGCCAUCGACAAGAUCAUUGAGUCUACCAUUGGCCCUGACCUCAUCCAGAGCUGUAUCACUGUGACCAGUGCUGAGGAUGGCGGGGCUGAGACCACGCGAUACCUGAUCCUGCAGGGCCCAGAUGAUGGUGCCCCCAUGACAUCCCCAAUGUCCAGUUCCACCCUAGCCCACAGCCUGGCAGCCAUUGAGGCCCUGGCUGAUGGCCCCACCUCCACAUCAACGUGCCUGGAGCCACCUGAGGAGGCACAGGGUGGGCCCAGCUCUCCAGCACAGCCACCCCCAGCAUCUGGUGCCGAGGAGCCGGACCUGCAGAGCCUGGAGGCCAUGAUGGAGGUGGUGGUGGUGCAGCAAUUCAAGUGUAAGAUGUGCCAGUACCGGAGCAGCACCAAGGCCACACUGCUGCGCCACAUGCGGGAGCGGCACUUCCGUCCAGCAACAGCAGCAACAGUAGCAGCAGUUGGUAAAAAGGGACGUCUGCGGAAGUGGGGCACCUCAACCAAGACCCAGGAGGAAGACGGGCCAGAGGAGGAGGACGAUGAUGACAUUGUUGAUGCUGGCGCCAUUGAUGACCUAGAGGAGGACAGCGACUAUAAUCCAGCUGAGGAUGAGCCCCGGGGCCGGCAGCUACGGCUCCAGCGCCCUACCCCCAGUACCCCAAGACCCCGAAGGAGGCCUGGCCGGCCCCGAAAGCUGCCUUGCUUAGAGACCUCAGACCUCCCAGAUGGUGUGGAAGGAGAGCCUCUAGUGAGUUCCCAAAGUGGACAGAGCCCUCUGGAGCUACAAGAUCCUGAAGCUCCUAGCUCCUCAGGUCCUGGACAGCUGGUGGCCCUGGGCAAGGCUAGCAGGGCCCCUGUGGAACCUGGAGUGAGUCAGUCAGAUGCAGAGAAUGCAGCACCCUCCUGCCAAGAUGAGCCUGACGCCCUGCCUCGCCGCCGUGGUCGUCCAUCCAGGCACUUCUUAGGCAAGAAAUACCGCAAGUACUAUUACAAGUCGCCCAAACCACUCCUGAGGCCUUUCCUGUGCCGCAUCUGUGGCUCUCGCUUCCUGUCCCACGAGGACCUGCGCUUCCACGUCAGCUCUCAUGAGGCCGGUGACCCCCAGCUCUUCAAGUGCCUGCAGUGCAGCUAUCGCUCCCGCCGCUGGUCCUCACUCAAGGAACACAUGUUCAACCACGUGGGCAGCAAGCCCUACAAGUGUGACGAGUGCAGCUACACCAGUGUCUACCGAAAGGACGUCAUCCGGCAUGCAGCUGUACACAGCAGGGACCGGAAGAAGAGGCCAGAUCCGACCCCAAAGCUGAGCUCUUUCCCCUGCCCCGUGUGUGGCCGUGUGUACCCCAUGCAAAAGAGACUCACGCAGCACAUGAAGACGCACAGCACUGAGAAGCCCCACAUGUGUGACAAAUGUGGAAAGUCAUUUAAGAAGCGCUACACCUUCAAAAUGCACCUCCUCACGCACAUCCAGGCUGUCGCCAACCGCAGGUUCAAGUGCGAGUUCUGCGAGUUUGUUUGUGAGGACAAGAAGGCACUGCUGAACCACCAGCUGUCCCAUGUUAGCGAUAAGCCGUUCAAAUGCAGCUUUUGUCCCUAUCGCACCUUCCGAGAGGACUUCUUGCUGUCCCAUGUGGCUGUUAAGCACACAGGGGCCAAGCCCUUUGCCUGUGAGUACUGCCACUUUAGCACGAGGCACAAGAAGAAUCUUCGCCUGCACGUACGGUGCCGACAUGCAAGCAGUUUUGAGGAAUGGGGGCGCCGCCACCCGGAGGAUCCCCCCUCCCGUCGCCGCCCCUUCUUCUCUCUGCAGCAGAUUGAGGAACUGAAGCAGCAGCAUAGUGUGGCCCCUGGGCCACCUCCCAGCCCUCCAGGACCUCCUGAGAUACCCCCAGAGGCAGCACCUUUCCAGUCACCUGAGACCUCCUCGCUGCUCUGUUCUGAUUCUCUGGGUGGCACCACCAUCAUCUACCAACAAGCCCUUUGUCAGGCUUGGGUCCCACCCCACCCAGGAGCUGAGGAGUCAGCUGAGAUGGCCACGCAGACAGCCUUGGAUCUGCUGCUGAACAUGAGUGCUCAGCGGGCCCUGGGGGGCACAGCCUUGCAGGUGGCCGUGGUGAAGUCGGAGGAUGUGGAAACAGAGUUAACUUCCCCUGGUGGGCAACCCUCUCCCGAAGGUGCCACUCCACAGGUGGUAACCCUCCACAUGGCAGAACCAGGGGGCAGUGUGGCAGCGGAAAGCCAGCUAGGUGCCUCUGAAUUACCGCAGAUCACCCUGGCACCGGGUCCAUUCGGUGGGGCUGGCUAUAGCGUCAUCACAGCACCUCCUAUGGAGGAAGGGACAUCAGCUCCUGGCACACCUUACAGUGAAGAGCCCCCAGGGGAAGCAGCCCAGGCUGUUGUUGUGAGUGACACCCUGAAGGAAGCUGGCACCCACUAUAUCAUGGCUGCUGAUGGGACCCAGCUCCACCACAUCGAGCUGACUGCAGAUGGCUCUGUUUCCUUCCCAAGUGCAGAUGCUCUGGCCUCUGGAGCCAGGUGGCCCCUGCUGCAGUGUGGGGGGCUGCCCAGAGAUGGUCCUGAGCCCCCAUCUCCAGCCAAGACCCACCAGCUGGGGGACCCCCAGAGUUCUGCCUCCCCACCUCUUGCAGCCAGCAAAGCCCUGGGCCUGGUCGUGCCACCCUCAUCACCAUCUGCUGCCACCACAGCAUCAAAGAAGUUUUCCUGCAAGAUCUGUGCUGAGGCCUUCCCUGGCCGGGCAGAAAUGGAAAGUCACAAACGGGCCCAUGCUGGGCCCACUGCUUUCAAGUGCCCUGACUGCCCCUUCAGUGCUCGCCAGUGGCCUGAGGUCCGGGCCCACAUGGCACAGCACUCGAGCCUGCGGCCCCACCAGUGCAGCCAGUGCAGCUUCGCCUCCAAGAACAAGAAGGACCUGCGGCGGCAUGUACUGACCCACACCAAGGAGAAGCCUUUUGCGUGCCACCUCUGUGGGCAGCGUUUCAACCGUAAUGGGCACCUCAAGUUCCACAUCCAGCGGCUGCACAGUCCAGAUGGGAGGAAGUCAGGGAUUCCUACAGUCCGGGCCCCAACCCGGACCCCAACCCAGACCAUCAUCCUGAACAGUGAUGACGAAACACUGGCCACACUACACACCACACUCCAGUCCAGUCACGGAGUCCUGGGCCCAGAGCGGCUGCAACAGGCACUGGGCCAAGAACACAUCAUUGUGGCCCAGGAACAGACAGUGACCAAUCACGAGGAAGCCACCUACAUCCAAGAGAUCAUGGCAGAUGGUCAGACAGUACAGCACCUGGUGACCUCUGACAAUCAGGUACAGUACAUCAUCUCCCCGGAUGGUGUUCAGCACCUGCUCCCCCAGGAAUACGUUGUGGUCCCAGAGGGCCAUCACAUCCAGGUGCAGGAGGGCCAGAUCACGCGCAUCCAGUAUGAACAAGGAGCCCCAUUCCUUCAGGAGUCCCAGAUUCAGUACGUGCCUGUGUCUCCAGGCCAGCAGCUUGUCACACAGGCUCAACUGGAAGCUGCAGCACACUCAGCUGUCACAGCAGUGGCUGAUGCUGCCAUGGCCCAAGCCCAGGGCCUGUUUGGCACAGAGGAAGCAGUGCCUGAACACAUUCAGCAGCUGCAGCACCAGGGCAUCGAGUACGACGUCAUCACCCUGACCGACUGAGCCCCAAGGGCUGAAUGCAGAUCGUGGAUAUUGGGGCCAGCCCUCCUGGGGUCCUGGGGUGGGGGGACCCACCAGGACUCACUGCCCUCUUCCACUUAGUAUCUCCAGAUACUGGGUAGCCAGCAUCUUGUCACCCCAAGGGAGCCAGACCUGUGCUACUAGGGUUGGGGGCAGCUAUGGGCCCCAGCCAGGACAUGCUGGGUGCCCCAGCCUGCAGGCAGGCUUUGGGAGAGAAAUUUAUUUUUGUUUGGAUGGACCUACUGGCCCCUUAGUCUCAAUAAAGGGACCAGAGUCCAUCCUUGA